AUCGGGAACGGUGCCGAGAAAAAUUUCCUUACUAGAUGACAUUUCAUCGCAAUGUCCGAUCGUUUGGGGCAAAUAACCCAGGGCAAGGAUGGGAAAAGCAAGUACUCGACUCUCAGCCUGUUUGACAAGUAUAAAGGGAGAUCAGUAGGCACAGUCAGAUCCUCAGUUAUUCCUAGACAUGGCUUACAGAGUCUCGGAAAAGUUGCCACAGCCCGGCGCAUGCCACCGCCUGCAAACCUGCCAAGCCUGAAGUCUGAAAACAAAGGAAACGACCCCAACAUCGUGAUAGUACCCAAGGACGGGACAGGAUGGGCCAACAAGCAGGACCAGCAAGACCCAAAGAGUUCCAGUGUGACGGCCUCUCAGCCGCCGGAGUCGCAGCCGCAGCCGGGUUUGCAGAAAUCUGUCUCCAAUUUGCAGAAACCGACACAGUCAAUCAGUCAGGAGAACACAAAUUCAGUGCCAGGUGGACCAAAGUCAUGGGCACAGCUGAGUGGAAAGCCAGUCGGACACGAAGGUGGUUUAAGGGGCUCAAGCCGACUAUUAUCCUUCUCUCCCGAGGAAUUUCCGACGCUGAAAGCAGCUGGAGGGCAGGACAAGGCUGGCAAAGAAAAGGGCGCCUUAGAUCUGUCGUAUGGGCCAGGACCAAGCCUCCGCCCUCAGAAUGUGACAAGCUGGAGGGAGGGCGGUGGGCGAAACAUCAUUUCUGCCACGUCUCUGAACGCCUCCCCGACAGAGCUGGGCAGCAGGAACUCCAGUGCUGGGGAUGGAGCCUCCUCCUCCGCAUGCACCAGCGACUCUAAGGACCCCUCUCUCCGCCCAGCUCAGCCCAUCCGCAAAGGGGCCUCACAGUUCAUGGGACAUACUUACCAGCCUCCCACAUACCAUGACAUGCUUCCUGCUUUUAUGUGUUCACCACAGUCAACAGAGAACCAGGGUCCAGUGGAACGAAGCUCCUUCCCCCUUCCUCAGCUUCGCCUGGAACCCCGUGUUCCUUUUAGACAGUUCCAAAUGAAUGACCAAGAUGGCAAAGAAAGGUCAGGCAUGGCACGGCCAGUGCGCCCACUAAGGCAGCUGGUGGAGCGGGCACCACGACCCACCAUCAUCAACGCAGAAAACCUGAAGGGCUUGGAUGAUCUGGACACCGAUGCAGACGAUGGCUGGGCAGGCCUCCACGAGGAAGUAGACUAUUCUGAGAAACUGAAGUUCAGUGAUGAUGAGGACGAGGAGGAAGUUGUGAAGGACGGCCGGUCAAAGUGGAACAGCUGGGACCCACGGCGGCAGCGGGAGUUGUCACUGAGCUCUGCAGACAGCACUGAUGCCAAGCGCACUCAGGAGGAAGGAAAGGACUGGAGCGAAGCAGCCAGUGUGUCCCGUGUCGUCAGAAAGCUGCCAGAGCCUCAGCCUCCUUCCAGGAAGCUUCACGGCUGGACAUCUGGCCCCGACUACCAGCAGAAAUCCACAGUGGGCAGCAUGUUCCGCCAGCAGUCCAUUGAGGACAAGGAGGACAAGCCACCCCCACGACAGAAGUUCAUCCAGUCAGAGAUGUCCGAGGCUGUAGAACGGGCCCGGAAGCGCAGGGAAGAGGAAGAACGGCGGGCCCGGGAGGAGAGGCUGGCUGCCUGUGCAGCCAAGCUCAAGCAGCUGGACCAGAAGUGCAAGCAGGCCCAGAAGGCCAGCGAGGCCCCCAAGUCUGUGGACAAGGAGGUCCCCCGAUCCCCUGGCAUUGAGAAGUCCUCCCCACCAGAGAACGGUCCUGUUGUCCACAAAGGCUCCCCAGAAUUCCCUGUCCAAGAAGUACCCACCAUGUUCUUGGAAGACACGCCUGCAACACCCCCUGCAGUGGCUCAGAGCAACAGCAGCAGCAGUAGCAGUAGCAGCAGCAGCGAGGAGGAAGCCAGGGAGACCGGGUCCCCUAUACAGGAGUUCAGCAAGUAUCAGAAGUCCCUUCCUCCCCGUUUCCAGCGCCAGCAGCAGCAGCAGCAGCAGCAGCAGCAGGAGCAGCUGUACAAGAUGCAGCACUGGCAGCCGGUGUACCCGCCGCCUUCACACCCCCAGCGCACCUUCUACCCACACCACCCCCAGAUGCUGGGCUUCGACCCACGCUGGAUGAUGAUGCCCCCCUACAUGGACCCACGCGUCACACCCGCCCGGACACCCGUGGACUUCUACCCCUCAGCCCUGCACCCUUCAGGACUGAUGAAGCCCAUGAUGCCCCAAGAGCCCCUCAGUGGGACUGGCCGUCGCUCUGAAGAUCAGAACUGUGUGCCCUCACUCCAAGAAAGAAAAGUGACCACCAUCGACCCAACUCCUGUGUGGAGCCCAGAGGGCUACAUGGCACUGCAGAGCAAAGGCUAUUCACUGUCCCACCCGAAGUCCGCGGACACUCUGGCCAUGGGCAUGCAUGUCAGGAAUGAAAGGUCUUACUCUGCCUCCCCCGGAAGGUCAGGGGGCAUAAGUGCCCAGCGCGAUCUCUUUGAGGAGAGAGGGGAGGAGUACUUGAGUGCUUUUGACAAGAAGGCCCAAGCAGACUUUGACAACUGUAUUUCUUCUCAAAGAAUAGGCCAGGAGCUUUUAUUUCCACCCCAGGAAAAUGUUCAGGAGGUGGGUGCUCCUGGGGGUCGUACCCCAAACCUCAGGUGUUCCCCACUGGAGCCCGACUUUGUCCCAGCAGAGAAAAAGCCAGACUAUGGCAGUUGGGAUGUUGGCCACCACCAGCCAAAGGCUGCCGACACAGCCAGCAGUGUCGAGCUGGAGGCACCCCGGGAGGAGCCAUCCUUUCAUGUUUCCUCCUGGGAGAAGGAAGGGAGCCCCAAGAAACAGCCAGACCCAGAGCCCGAGUGGACACCAGAGCCCCGGAGCUCAAGCAGCCAACACCAGGAGCAGCCGGGCAGGACCCGGAGGUCGGGACCCAUCAAGAAACCCGUCCUCAAGGCCCUGAAGGUAGAAGAGAAGGAAAAGGCACUGGAGAGAGUCAGGCAGGGCCUUGGAGAGGAGAGCUCACAGCUGGCCACAGAGAAAGAAUCCAUGUGCAGGGUUGAAGAGGAUGAGGAUGAAGAGAACAACCCUGCCCUGGCCAAUGCCUCCUCUGCCCUGGAGGACAAGGCCGCUGCCCGGGCUGGGUUCAGCCGUGAAUCUAGCAAGCUAGAUGAAGAUGCAAAGGCUGAUAAGACCUGGGAGAACAGAACCUCAAGGGAGGCCAGUGACAUUCCCCCAACUAAGAGAAACAACUGGAUCUUCAUUGACGAGGAGCAGGCCUUUGGGAGUCGGGGCCAGGCCCGGAGCCGUGGCCGUGGCUUCAGAGAGUUCACCUUCCGAGGUGGCCGGCCUGCAGGAAGCAGCACAAGUAGUCUGUGUGGCACAGGUGUGCUCGGGGCUCGCAACAUGUACAGCGGUGGCCAGCGAGGUAGCCGAGGCAGGAGCCUUCGUGAUUUUCCCCCACCGGAGGAUUGCCCCAGAGCCAAGCCCAGGCGGCGCAUUGCCAGUGAGACCCAUAGCGAGGGCUCAGAGUAUGAAGAGCUACCCAAAAGGCGCCGUCAGCGGGGCUCAGAGCCUGGCCACGAGGGCAUGCUCAUGGAGAGGGACGAGAGUGCCCUGAAGAAGGACUCAUGGCGCUCCAACAGGACUUACACUGAGGACCAGGGUGGCCUAGACGCCCGCAGCCGGGGACCCCGGACCUGUGGGAGAGCCCUCCCACCUCGCCUGAGCAACUGCAGCUAUGGUCGCAGAACCUUUGUUGCCAAAGAACCUCCCCACUGGCAGAGCAGGAGCCCAGGCAGCUCUUGGCAGGAAUAUGGCCCCUCUGACCCAUGUGGCCCACGGCGAACCAUUGACAGAGACUAUAUCCCAGACUCCUACCGACACUCUGACACAUUUGGCAGCAGGGUCUUUGAGGACAGCCGCAUGGAGGACAAGAGGUCCUUUUUCCAAGAUGACCAUGGGGCAGAUUCUGAAAGUGCAGAAAAUAGGCCCUUCCGUCGGAGGCGGCCCCCACGCCAAGACAAGCCCCCUCGCUUCCGGCGCCUCCGUCAAGAGCGGGAGUCCCUGGGCCUGUGGGGACCUGAGGAGGAGUCCCACCUGCUGGCAAGCCAGUGGCCAGGCCGGUCCAAACUCUGUCCUGGGGACAAGAGUGGUCCUGGAGGUCACAGAUCCCCAGAGCUUUCCUACCAGAAUUCUUCUGACCAUGCCAACGAAGAGUGGGAGACUGCGUCCGAGAGCAGCGACUUCAGCGAGCGGAGGGAGCGGCGAGAAGGCCUUGCAACAGAGCCCGAAGCACAAGGGGAAGGUGGCCUGUCAGGGGCCAGUUUGGGUGAGAAGAAGGAGCUGGCCAAGAGGAGCUUCUCCAGCCAGAGGCCCCUGGCUGACAGACAGAGCCGCAAGCUGGAGCCGGGAGGGUUUGGGGAGAAGCCUGUUAGGCCAGGUGGGGGUGAGACUUCCCCCCGCUGCGAGAGCCAGCAGAGUGGGACACCUCUGAAAGUCACAAGGUCUCCAGAUGAGGCCUUGCCUGGGGGACUUGGUUGCAGCAGUGGAAACCACUCAUCCUAUGCCUUGGAACGGACCACUCAUGCCAGCUCUGACAGUCCUGAAACCACCAGUAAGAAAGCAGAGAAGGAGGCUUCUUUGGCCGCCCAAAGGGCUGGUGAGCAGGAAGAGGCCCGGAAGCAGUUUGACCUGGGCUACGGAAAUGCCAUCAUUGACAACUGCGGAUCCAGCCCUGGGGAAGAGAGUGAAGUAGGCUCCAUGGUGGGGGAAGGCUUUAUUGAAGUCCUGACCAAGAAGCAGCGCCGCCUGCUGGAGGAGGAGAGAAGAAAGAAGGAACAGGCUGCUCAGGUGCCUGUCAAAGGUCGAGGCCUUUCGUCGCGUAUUCCUCCUCGAUUUGCUAAAAAGCAGAGCAGCCUGUGUCUGGAGCAAGGAGACGUGGCUGUGCCAGGCAGCAGCUUGGGCACUGAGAUCUGGGAGAGCAGCAGCCAAGCCCUCCCUGUGCAGGGGGCCGCCAGCGACUCGUGGAGGAAAGCUGUCACCGCCUUCAGCAGCACUGAGCCCGGCACCUCAGAGCAGGGUUUUAAGAGCAGCCAGGGUGAUAGUGGCGUUGACUUGAGUGCUGAGUCUCGGGAGUCGUCUGCGACCUCCUCACAGCGCAGUUCUCCAUAUGGUACUCUCAAGCCAGAGGAGAUGAGCGGGCCUGGCCUGGCGGAAUCCAAGGCCGACAGCCACAAGGACCAAGCUCAGAAGCAGUCUGAGCACAAGGACUCAGAACAAGGCUCUGGACAGAGCAAGGAGCACAGACCAGGACCCAUCGGCAAUGAGCGGUCUCUGAAAAACAGAAAGGGCUCGGAGGGGGCCGAGCGGCUGCAAGGGGCCGUCGUCCCGCCUGUUAACGGGGUGGAGAUUCAUGUGGACUCCGUGCUGCCUGUACCACCCAUUGAGUUUGGAGUCAAUCCAAAAGACUCUGAUUUCAGCCUGCCACCUGGUUCUGCUUCUGGUCCCGUAGGGAAUCCAGUUGCCAAGCUUCAGGAUGUCUUGGCUAGUAAUGCAGGACUGACGCAGAGUAUCCCCAUCCUUCGGCGGGAUCACCACAUCCAGAGAGCCAUCGGCCUCUCCCCCAUGUCUUUCCCCACGGCAGACCUCACCCUGAAGAUGGAGUCUGCACGCAAGGCUUGGGAAAACUCCCCCAGUUUGCCGGAGCAGAGCUCUCCAGGAGGUGCAGGCUCGGGCAUCCAGCCUCCAUCCUCUGUGGGCGCCUCCAACGGGGUCAACUACAGCUCCUUUGGAGGAGUGUCCAUGCCACCCAUGCCUGUGGCUUCUGUAGCGCCUUCUGCUUCGAUGCCAGGCAACCACCUCCCACCUCUGUACCUGGAUGGCCACGUAUAUGCAAGUCAGCCACGACUGGUUCCUCAAACGAUACCUCAGCAACAGAGUUACCAGCAGGCUGCCACUGCCCAGCAGAUCCCGAUAUCCCUCCACACAUCUCUGCAGGCCCAGGCGCAGCUUGGGCUGAGAGGCGGACUCCCUGUCUCCCAGUCCCAGGAGAUCUUCAGCUCCCUGCAGCCUUUCAGGUCUCAGGUGUACAUGCACCCCAGCCUGUCACCACCUAGCACUAUGAUCCUCUCUGGGGGCACGGCCUUGAAGCCCCCAUACUCUGCAUUUCCUGGCAUACAGCCCUUGGAAAUGGUGAAGCCACAGUCUGGCUCACCCUACCAGCCCAUGAGUGGAAACCAGGCCCUGGUGUAUGAGGGCCAGCUCGGCCAGGCUGCCGGGUUGGGGACCUCCCAGAUGCUGGAUUCUCAGCUUCCACAGCUCACUAUGCCGCUGCCUCGGUAUGGCUCUGGGCAGCAGCCACUGAUCCUGCCACAGUCCAUUCAGCUGCCUCCAGGACAGAGUCUCUCUGUUGGAGCUCCCCGGAGGAUUCCUCCACCUGGCUCCCAGCCACCAAUUCUGAACACCAGCAGAGAGUCCGCUCCGAUGGAGCUGAAAGGCUUCCACUUUGCCGACAGUAAACAGAAUGUUCCUACCGGAGGCUCCGCACCAUCCCCGCAGGCGUACAGGCCUAGCUCUGCUAGCCCCAGUGGGAAGGCCUCUGGAUCAGCAGUUAACAUGGGCUCUGUGCAGGGACACUACGUUCAACAGGCAAAGCGAGUGGAUGAAAAACCUGGCCUGGGAACCGUGAAGCUGCAGGAAGCAUCUUCAGCCACCUCCCAGCUGAAGCGAACGGGAGCAAUCAAGCCUCGGGCAGUCAAGGUGGAGGAGAGUAAAGCCUGAAGGGAAGAGAGUAAACCCUAAAGGUGCCUGGCAUCUCUUGCCUCACCCUAACAGGGAUGGUGCACAAUCGCCAGCCUGGACAGCCACCACCUGGGACCUUGCCAGAUCCGCCAUUCCACUGUCCUACCACCUGGCCUGGACAGAGCUCUCUUCCACUCCCGAAAGCUCCUGAAAGCUCCAUCGUCAGGCAGCCCGCAUCGUGGAUAUAUGGCAUUGACCUGCUUGCUUUGGUACAAAAGAGCAGACUCCCUCCUCCCGCCCCUCUGCCCGGUGACUGUGCAGUGAGCCUCCUGUGCAGUGCAGACCUGCCCGCCCGCCCCGUACCCCAGGCGCAGUGGUUUGGCAGCAGGGUCAUUUUAGCUGGAGGGUUUUUGUUUUAAAAAGCAGCUAAGGUUUUUACAAAGAGGAAAGGAGAACAAGAUGCUAGCUACGUCUGUAGAGCUGAACUUUUAUACGUUCCUUGCUGUCCUCUCUCUGCUCUGCUAUCCCCAGUGGUCUCCUUUAUCUCUGUCCUGUUUGACAUGUCACAGCACUACCUUAAGAGGUGAUUCUCUAGAGUCACACACGAACACACACACACACACACACACACACACACACACACACACACAGACACACAGUUGGCUAACCUUUGGGGUUAUUGAGGACAUGACUAGACCGUCUGGUUGUCCCCUCACUGUCUUGGGCACCAUGAGGUUGGUGUCUGAGUUCAGUUCUAGCCCUUGACCUGGAGCCAGUGUUUCAGCCUAAGAAUUAUCUGGGCCUUUCUGCUGUUGGUGAGUACUGGGCACCAGAUGAAUUGUGGAGGUACAGUCACCAUUGUUCUUCAGAUUGGCUGAGGUGGCCAGGCCACAGGCCCCCACUUAGGGACUGUGCAUCUGAGGCUCCAUGCCCUAGCACUCUGGGUGGCUGUAUUCCCCACUCAUUUCCUUUUCUCUUCUUUCUGGACCCUACUGGAUCCCUCUGGAUCCCUCCAUGUUCAUCCAUCUCUCACAGCUUAUCACCAAAAUCAAUAUAAGGGACAUAGAUGGGGACCCAUUAGUCAAGCUUGCAACAAGACAGGCUAUGGCACACUCAUCUUAUGUCCUUCACUCCUAGCAUCAAGAGCAAGGUGUUGACAGUAGGGUUGCCGAGUAGCAGGUAUGUUUACUCAUCCUUAGGGAACAGGGCAGGGUCAAAGUAUAAGUGGCCUACAGAGAAGCCUGUGCAGCCUCCCUGAAAGGAUGGUCUUAGAACUGUUCCUUGCGGGUUUUGUGUGAGCUCCUGUAUGCUAGGCUUCUUGCUUUCACUCAAAGGAAAGUGAAGGAUGAAUUUCAGUUUGCUCAGCUGCUCUUUAGGAUCCCCAAUUAAUCACCCACCUGGGGAUAUUGGAGGCCACCUGCCUCAGAGCUCACAGUUGGUGGCAGGGCUGGGACAAGCCUGUGUCCUCAGUGUCACCAUGGGUGUCAGAGCAGAGAAGCAGCGUGUUAGCUUUGAAGGGGUUUAGUGCUGACUUGUUGGUUGUUCGAAGGAAGCAGAAGUCCACUCUCCCAGCAGGUAGUGCCACACUGUCCCCAGGGUCACCCGGCAGAGCAGUCUUAGUGGAAAGCUUCCUGUCGACUGCAGCACUCCGCUCCUCUCCCUUCUGAAGCCUCUGCCCCCCACCUAAUUCACUUGUCUUUGUCCCAUCUUCUCUUACAUCCUUCCUCAAAAGCACUGCCCACUUAGAGAGUCCCUGUGUCCCUCAUCUGCUGUUCUACUCACCCUAGAAGUGUCUGGCUACUGUCCCAGUGAUUGAGUCCUCUGCCCCACUGCCAACCUCUACCCUGUUGCGUCUCAGUCAGAAAAAGCCACACACAGUCACCUCUACCUAUCCUCUUUAGAAAUGCGGUCAGACCCAUCUCACCUAAUGCUUGGUGGGCAUAUGUGUCAAAAGAAACAAACAUUUUCUCCUUCAGAAUUUCACAGAAUGCUGUUACAAACUCAAAAUGUGCCCUUUAGGUGAACCUGCUGUCAGAAUGGCAGUACUUCCUGUUUGAGAAGAAAAAUUAGGUCACCUAUUUUCAGUCCUUUCUCUCACCCUGUAUUUCCCUCCUGCCUCCCACCCUAAAUAAAAACAAGAAACACUAGAAUUUAUUUAUAUGUAUUGAUGUUGUAGGUCUAGAUGGAAAAAAAAAAAAAAAGUAAAUGUCCCACUGCUCUGUUUAUAUAAUGUCUGAAUUACUCUGUGCAGGAAAGGCCAGGAAAUUGCAUGUGGCGUUUGGUGUGCUCAGCACAUCUGUGACCUCAGCUGUGGGCUCUACCCCUCUGAGAUGCACAUUUGCAACUAGACUCUGGGAGUAGAGGGCAAGCUUCAGGCCAGAUACCCCUGCCCCUCAGAUGAUCUGGUCAAGCCAAGUUUUAGUGCAGAGAUGUUUAAAACGUGCAAUAUCUCUUCAUGUGGUUUUUAGAGUCAGGCUCGAAGUGUACUAGUACUUGGGGUCUUAUUUUGGUUUCAAACCCACAUCUUCAGAUCACAGAUAAAAACACAGGAGUGUCUGUCAAGGUGCCAUGGCCUUUGGUGGGAACAAAUAAAACCCAGCACCUACCUUUUCUACUGCUGAGAUGGGUGGAGGUGGGGCAGAAUCUUUUAGUCCUGCCUACAGAAGUCACCUCCUACUGCUAGUGGCUUUGUUGGGGCCACUGAUGGUGCAGUCCAUGGUUUGGAAACUAGGGACUCUUUGAGUACUGUCAGUCCUGAUGGUACGUUCAGCACGCACCAUCUAUUGGCUAAAGACUUCUGCAAGCUGCAUUAAGUCUGGUUUCUGAACAGUUGCUUUCCUUGUCUUAUUCCCAAGUUUACCAUUUUCAAAUUCAGAGUUCACAGAACACUUCUGGGUCUAAGAUUCCUUAAGGGGGGGAAACAAGAAUGAUUGCAUUACACAUUCAGAAAAGUUGGUUCAUUUCCAAAGCUGUGGUCGCUCUGCUUCCAGAGAUACUUUGGAUUACGUAUCAAAAUCAACUUUGCUCUCCUGUCCUCUGGAGCCACCUUCCAGAUGGUCAGUGAUGAAGUUGUGAAUGAUUGAUACUCAGAGCCCAGGGCACAGGAGUGUGUCCCCUGAGGCCAUGAGGCAACUCCGACUAAGCCCACCCCCCAACAUCUGUUGGGUUCCCCUCUGCACAGGCACCUGCAUGUUGCCUUCCAGGUCCGUUUGACCCUCGUUUCCAACAAUGCAAGUCUAAGUGAGAGGGUCUGUUGGGAAUCUUUUACAACCAAGGGCGCAAAAGUGCGUCUUCUGUUGUAUACUUUGAUGAGUGGGAAAUGUAGACUUCCAGAAAGCCAGCUCUCUCCUGUGAGAUGGCUAAAAGACAAGCUAGGUCGUUUGGAAUAGAGUGGCUCGGUGUUGGGGAUGAGCACCCAGCUGUGCUUCCCCACUAGGCCCACCAGCUCUGGCUGGUGAUCUUCCAGGCGCAUGACACCUGCAGCUCCCAGUUGCCUGCUCCAGACCUGCAACACCCCCAGGCCCCAUCUUCAGCAUGUCACAAUCCUGGAGCAGCAAUUGCUGUGAAGGCUCUGUGUAAUGCUCCUCAGUUGAAAGGGGUCCUGUGCCCUCAGCUUUCAACCUCAUACCUUUUGUAGAAAAGGAUUCGGGGGGUUUCUUUUUGAGUCAUUUUGUUUCCUUUUGCUUUUAUUUUGGCCUUUCCUCUGUCUUUUCACUUAGACCAGAUAUUUGAAGGGGCAGACGAUGCUAAAGGUGUACUGUGCAGCUUGUUUAGACGUGAUUUGGGGAACCUCUUACCUCGGAUGGGAAAUGGAAUCGUGAAUUCACCCUCCCUUCCCUCCGGUUCAGUCCCUGUUGUUUCUCCUUUCAAAUAUGUGAUUGUACUAGCUCUUUCCAUACGAAAGAACUCUCCUUAUUUAAAUAAAAAAAAAGUAUAAAAAAAAUAAAGCCAAACAUGCUUUCUCA